GUAGAUGAUAAUACACUGCUGAAUAGGAAGGUUUGAAUGAUAGACAGAAUGUGCCAUGAUAUAUUUCCAUUGUUUACAUUGUAACUCCAGGUAAAGAUUCCUGUUCAAGAAUCAGCCUCAUGGUUUCUCUAAAUUCGCUUCCUGAUUAUUGACUCUCUGUAGCCUUAGGACAUCUGGAAUUCGGAAAUUCUCCCCGCUACCUUCUUCUGUUACAGAUCACAAUGAUGGCUCCUGUGGAGUCGAAGUUUUCCCAGUCAACUGGAGAUAUAGAUAAAGUGACAGAUACGAAACCAAGAGUGGCUGAGUGGCGUUAUGGGCCUGCCCGACUGUGGUAUGAUAUGCUGGGUGUCCCUGAAGAUGGAAGUGGAUUUGACUAUGGCUUCAAACUGAGAAAGACAGAACAUGAACCUGUGAUAAAAUGUAGAAUGAUGGAGGUGAGCAACACUGGAAUUCAGGAAACUUGAAGAAAGCAAUGGCACUGAUCUUCUGGCUGAUGAAAACUUCC